AAUGUCGGAGAAGUUAAGUGAAAAAUUAAAAAAUUGCCAUCAAAGAAAAACCUAUAUAGGCAACAACAAAGUCCCAAAAAAUUAACAAAAUGUCAGAAAACUUUUCAAUUUCAAUCCAUGGAUUGUAAUGACGUUGAUGGCAUAGAUGAUAGUAACGAAGUUGGGAACGGUGGCGAUGGCGACGAAACAAAUGGUGACAACGAAGGCAUGGAUUACAAUAAUGACCAUGAAGUGGAUAUACCAAGAAUAAGCUAUCAAAAUCAAGCCUUACCUUUAUUAAGUCAUGCCAGAAGGUCUGUGUCCCAACAGCAGCAGAAAAACUUUGAGGACCACCAGCACCAACAAAUGUCAACAACCGGCAGUGCCAACAUUCUAUCCUCCCGCUUAUCGCCCGAUAUAAAUGCUUUAAAUAUUUCAUCGUCAAACUUAAAUCAACAAAAUAACCAACAGUAUUUGCGUUUGCAACAACAACAACAACAACAGCAUCAACAUGGGGAUCAUAUGGAACAGGGCCAUCAUCAACAUCAGCACCACAAUCACCAUCAGCAACAUAAUCCUUCCCAUCAUCACCAUGAACAUCAACAGCAGACCCAGUCGCAUUUGCAGUCUCAUCAUCAACAGGGAAAACGUGAUAUUUUACUGAAAAUUCGCCAUCAGAUUUUCGAACGCAAACGUUUACGUGAAAAGGGCUACGAAGCACAUGUUAUAAAUGCCUCCACAACUCAGAUGUCGCAUAUAAGCGCACUAAAAGUGGGACACAUUUACUUUAAGUCUGUUUUCGUUAAAUUGAAAACAGACCUCAAUAGCAAAUUAUCUGUUAUGGAUAGUCCCGCCCCCUAACAACUGUGUGGAUAAUUUUAUAUAAAGUCAAUCUGAUUCAACUGGAGGCAAGAAAGAAAGCACAGUGUUUAUAAAUUAUUAUGGAGGACUAAUUUUUAAAAAUAAAUUUCUUAACUCUAAACCUAAAUCUAUAUAUGCAAAUAAACUGACAUAUACGAUCACAAA